AUUGUUAGCAGAAAGAGGCAUUAUCUGCUGAGAUUAUUCGUUUCGUGACUUGCACAAUUGCAGAAGUAGCAUCUAGUAUUCAAUACGUCUUUGCAAAUGAGCUGCGACGGUGUCCUCGUUUCGAAUACUGUACCACGUAGCCAGUCGUUUCAAUUGCUUUCGUCACAUGGCAGAAGAGAGUCAGCAAGUGAAAGAUGGGAAAGAGUUGAAGCCUUGACCCAGCUUCCGGAUUUGGCUGGCCUACAGUUCACCCAUUCGUCGUGCUGCAGUGGCAGCAAGUAAACCGUAAACGUCAUAGAAAGCCGAAUGGUGUCUGUCCGGAAUCAGCCUCUCAUAGUCUUUAGGUCUCCAGGCUUGCAGGGCCAAAAGAAGCAGAAAUGACUUCGCUCUGGCAGCAAAUACGCCUUGUCCUCUGGAAAAACUUUCUCAUCAGACGAAAGCAGCCGCUGGCUCUUCUGCUUGAGCUAGCAUGGCCGCUGAUCUUAGCUCUUAUCCUGCUGUACAUUAGACAGAGGACGCCGCUGCUGCCAACUGGUACUGCGAAAGUGUUUCCAUUUGCAAUGCCGUCGGCUGGUCACUUCCCUUUUGUUGAGCAUGUCUUGUGCCAGCGUGCCUUCGUCAAACACAACGGCCCGCAACUGGAUUCCAAUGGCUUUGGCAGGUUUAGCUUUACAGCGUCACAUUCGCUUAGGACAAUAAUCCAAAGCCUUGCCGCAGAUCAGUCGAUCGACUGGACAUCGCUAUCAAACUUUCCUAAAGAUCUUGGCAAUUUAGCAGAGGUUUUCUCUCAUCCAGGCUUCUACAGUGGCCUGCAAAAUCAAUCCGAUGGACUGUCAGAUGCAAGCAGCAAGGAUUUUCAAUCAUUUCUGAUCAGUGCCAAUGUCACGAAUGGCUCAGUUGCGGAUUUGAGCUCUGCACAUGUGAACUGGAAUAAGUUGCUACUCCUGACCACCAAUGAUGAGUAUACCAUCCGCAACACACCCGUGGCUCCUCUCUGUAACCAGCUUGGCACGCGAGUUUCUCAGCUGUCGUGCCUCGUGUCCCUACAACCGUCCAGCCCUGGCAAAUAUCCGCUGCUUUCUGGCACGCCAGUCCUCUUCCACGGGGUGAAGUUUGAUCCUUUGUCUGUGAAUGCCACGCUUUGCACUCCAUUCCUCUUCAACAAAGUGUUUGAGUUUGAGCGAAAGGAAAGUCAGCAUAAUGCUCAGCUGGUCCUGUGCAGCUUGCCUUCCCCGGUGCAGAUAGCUGUGCUAAACAGGCUAGUAGAUACUUCCACGUCAGACUUUGUGCUCCCUAGUUUCAUAGCGGCAGGUAACCCGAAGUUGGCCAGACUACCCGCCGAGAUUGAGAACUUGUCUAAACUACUGAAGCGUGUGCGUAUGACUGACACUGACCCCAUUCUUCGCUUUGUCGACUACCUACUGCGGAACAGAAACGUCAGCCCUCUCAGCGCUGCAACCGUUGCAUUCUGCUCUAAAUUGGAGAAGAAAGUUACCUUUAUGGAUAUUCUUGUACUUAUUUUGAAACGGCUGAGAGAGCAACGCGGCAGGGAAAUGCCGCCCUCACCCACCACACCAGCUCCCACGACUUCCACCGCCUCGGCACAUCCCGACGGCAAGAUUGAACAACCCAAAGCUAAAGUGGCCAAGAAUGUCACCAAAACCACCACUCCAACACAAUCAGUAAAAGAAAGUCAGCGGGCCAGUAUCAUCGUCAGGCUGCUGCGGCAGAUUGAGUCCGGUGCUGUGUACAUUCUCUUCUCACCCAACAACGUUCUAGCUGGCACUAUUAUCAAUAAGGCUCUACAACCCUUCAAUGAACUUCUCAAGGGCAUUGGGACAUCGGCAAAGGUCUUUGCUGAGCAAACUACAACGCUGGCCGACUCGCUGGAGCUGCUGGAGACUGCAUCGCGAUCCCCUGCCGCUUCUGCCUUCCUGGCAAGCCCGCUGUGCACCACUCUUCUGCCAGUGGCACAUCCGUACGUCAAGUUCACGUGCCGUUUCCUCAGCGCUCUGCAGCCUGGAUUUGAAGGCAGUGACCAUGAGCUUGUCGUGGAUGAAAUCGUGACGGCGAUCAAAGCCAGCAGCUUGGUUGCGAAAGGCAUUCAUCAUAAGUUUUCGUCGGUGAACCUGACGGAGAGAGUGCAGGGUGUGCGCAAUGAGACAGCACUGACUGACACUGCCAUGUUGCUAUCUCAGCAGCAGAAACUCAUGUAUGCCGGGAUUGUUUUCAAGAAUUUGCCGAACAAUGGCACCCAGCUGCCACGACAUAUCAUCUACAAGAUCCGCCAGAACUCCACGCUGGUGCCGUCGACGAAUCGCUUACGUAAAUUCACGUGGUCGCCUGGUCUGUGCGUGAGUCGUCAGAACUGUAUCCAGUACCAGCUUUUCGGCUUCAACUUCCUUCAGGAUAUCCUCGAUCGGGCCAUCAUGAAGCUUCAAGCGAAUCUCACCGAGGCUGAGUCUGCCGCACAGCUGCCCGGUGCAUGGCUGCAGAGCUUCCCGUACCCGUGCUACCUGGACGACUCUUUCACACAAUCCAUCGCUAGAACUUUGCCAUUGGUGCUUAUCCUGGGCUGGGUGUUGUCUGUUGCGUCUCUCAUCAAGAACCUAGUCUAUGAGAAGGAGCACAGGCUGAAAGAGUUCAUGAAAGUAAUGGGUUUGCGUCCCAGUGCUCACUGGAUAGCCUGGUUCAUCACUAGCUUUGUCUUGAUGAGCGUGUCUUCACUGCUGCUGACCGUGGUGCUUAAGGCUGGUAGUGUCCUGGAGCACAUCGACUUCCUUGCAUUCUUCCUCUUCCUGGAGCUGUUCAGUAUCGCACUGAUUGGUUUCUGCUUUCUCAUCAGCACAUUCUUCUCCAAUGCAAACCUGGCUGCAUGCUGUGGUAGCCUGCUAUUCUUCGCCUGCUACCUGCCAUACGCUGCUGUUUCCCUGCAAGAGGAAGAUGCCGAUUCGGUCCAGAGGGGCUUUGCGUGUCUGCUGGCGCCGUCCGCAUUCGGCCUCUCAACCAGCUACAUUGCCUACUACGAGCAGCAAGGCGUUGGGUUGAACUGGAGGAACAUGAGGGACAGUCCGCUGUACAAUGACUCGUUCAGCUUCGUUGUUUGCUGUACCUUCUUGGCUCUGGAUGCGAUCAUGUGCAUUGCAGUCGCCUGUUACCUGGAUCUUGUCUUUCCUGGCAAGUAUGGGGUAGGAGUGAACUGGAAUGCACCGUUCCAACGUUCAUUCUGGAUCUCCAGCAAGGGCUCCGACAAAACGGACAAACAUCUUAGGAGGGUGAGCCAUGCCACUUCAGCCUGCACCCUGAACCAGCCCCUUGUCGAUCCCGACGGUUCGCCCACUGAUGCAUUUGCUGCUGGUGAAAGCCGAAGCCCUUCACCGAUGGCUUCAGCUGUUUUCGGCAGUGUGCCCGCCAACGUGGAUGCAGACCUGGAGUCGGAGGCUGAGCCGACACACUUGAAGUGUGGCGUCGCUAUCCACCAGCUCGUGAAGGAGUACACCAGCAAAGAGUCCACCAAUCGUGCCGUCGACGAGCUGUCUCUCAACUUUUACGAAGGCCAGAUCACCUCCUUCCUGGGACACAACGGAGCUGGCAAGACAACCACGAUGAACGUGCUGUCGGGAAUAUACGAGCCAACUAGUGGCUCGGCGUUUGUUUACGGUCAGGACAUUCGCAAUGAGAUGAGCGCCAUUCGACACUCGCUCGGCAUUUGUCCACAGUACAACAUUCUCUUUGACAAGCUGACUGUCGAAGAACAUUUUCGUUUCUACGCGUCUAUGAAAGGUGUGUCGGCGAAGACAAUUGACCAAGAGAUCCGAGGUUGGCUGCAGGAAGUUGGUCUUGCAAAUAAGCGUAAUGUUUCAGCUUCAGACUUGUCCGGUGGAAUGCAACGGAGGCUGUCCAUUGGCAUUGCAUUCGUUGGCGGCUCACGGACAGUGAUACUGGAUGAGCCUACUGCUGGCGUGGAUCCAUACUCCAGACGCUGCAUCUGGGAUGUUCUCGUCAAGUACCGCAACCAAGGACGGACCAUUAUCCUGUCAACUCACUUUAUGGAUGAAGCUGAUAUUCUCGGUGACCGCAUCGCUAUCGUAGCGCAUGGCCGGUUGAAGUGUGUCGGCUCGUCGAUGUUCCUGAAGUCGUGUUUUGGCACUGGGUAUACACUGACACUUGUCAAGGCUAAGUCAGUCAGCGGCCUUGCAGAAACACCCGACUUUUCGGCUGAGAGCGAUGCAAACAGUGAAACUACAUCGCAAGUCUCAUCGGUGCCGACUUUGCCGCACAUUCAGGAAGAAACUCAGCCUUCUCAAGUUCUCGACGUGACCCAGGAGCAGAGGAGUGGGGAUAAUGAGGACCUCAAUGCGGACUCUGCUGUACCCAUGAAUGCAGAAGAUGAGGGCCGUGUCGUGCCGACAGCAUUCUACCGAGAGACAGUGUUUGAGGCCAUCCGUGCUCAGCUUCCUGGCACCAGGUUUCUUGAGGACAUUGGAGAUGAGGUGUCCUACAGAUUGCCAUUGAAAGCGGAGCAGAGCGAGAAUUUCCUGGAGUUACUCUCUCACCUGGACGGCCACAUGAGUGACCUGGCCAUAGCCUCCUAUGCUGUGUCAGAUAGCACUCUGGAGCAGGUGUUUAUCCAAGUGUUAGCUGGUAGUGGUAAACAUAGCGGACGUGUUAAUGCAACUGACAGCGGGCAUGCCUCGCAGGCUAUGAAUCUGGCACGCAGCAUCUCUGAGCGAAGCCUCUCCAAGGAUCUUGAUCUACAUCUUCUGCCUAACCACCGUGAUAGUAUAGAGCUGACGGACAUGUCUCGAAAUGAACAGCCCAAACCCACCGAGCCUGCAGUGUGCCCCACUAACCUGAAAGGUGGUGGCCGAGGCAGUCGCAAGGAACGUGGCUUGGUGCUCAUGGCGCAGCAGUACCGGGCGCUGUUCACCAAGCGCUACCACCACUUCAAGCGGAACAAGAAGGCACUGGCAUCACAGGUUCUCCUUCCCGUCCUGCUAAUCACCCUCGCCAUGGUUGUCAAGCGUACACAGCAGCCGCCUGCGAAUGAAAAUCCACUUCUGCUGGUACCAAACGCCUACGUGGGCGCCAAAUUUGUGCCGAUCGAGGUCGUCAACGAGAGCUUCCCGUUUGCAAAAUCACAGCUUGAGACGCUGAGCGCUAGCUGCGGCGGACUGGGCCCGAGAAACUUGUGGGAGCGGAGUGCAGAUGUCAGUGGUGACGAUAGCGAUGCCACUGUCCGCCCCACUAGCGACGCACCUAGCCAAUGUCACUCUGAUCCAGGCAACAGGUGGAGCUUGCACCGUGUGCGUCCCAACCCGGUCUCCAGGGUUCCAGAGCAAUGUGCGGGCGAGGUACGUUUUUUGCAGAAGGUCGUCCCGAAACGCUUGGCGCAGCGUAAAGCCCCAGCCGGCGUUCGUCUGCAGAACAUUUCGACCGCGAUCAACCUAUACACGUUUCUCCUCGCCACUACUCAAGCCUACAGCGUUAAUCGAUGGGGAGCACUGACGACGGGGGUGCGGUACUCGCCAGCGCCUCUCAACACCACUGGACAUGCUGUUGUGGACCACCUAGCUAUUGGACGUGCUAUGAAGGCCUGGAAUAACAACAAUGGCUACCACUCAGCUCCUAUCUAUCUGAACAGUUUGAACAACGCCUUGCUGCGGGCUAUGAUGAUGUCACAGGGUCCGGCACCACCAGCCGACUAUGGUAUCAGCACCAUUACUCACCCCUUCAACAAGACAGCAUCUCAACUUCAAGAAGAUUACCUGAAAUCCGGCAUUGAUUUGCUCAUUGCCAUUGCAGUCAUCUUCGCCAUGGCGUUUGUCCCGACUUCGUUCUGCGUGUACCUGAUUGCGGAGAACGAGGGUGGUGCCAAAGGUCUUCAGCGGCUAUGUGGUGUCAGCGGCAUCCGUUAUUGGAUAGCCAACUUCGCCUGGGACAUGGGUUGCUACACGAUAGCGCUUGCACUGAUCAUAGUCACCAUCCUGGUAUUUCAAGAAGAUGUUUAUACGUCUGAACAUACGUUUACAGCGGUCUGUGUGCUCUUUGCUCUCUAUGGGAUGUCAUCUGCCACCACCAUCUACCCGUUCUCGUUCUAUUUCAAGAAUCCCAGCAACGCGUACGUGUUCCUGCUUUCCGCUAACAUGUUCAUUGGUGUUUUCGGGACACUCACAACCUUUCUCCUGGAGAUCUUUACGGACAAAGAUAUUGAACGUGUCAACGGCGUCCUGCGUGUGUUCUUCCUCCUCUUUCCCAACUACUGCCUCGGCCGUGGCUUGAUGGACCUGUCGUUUGAAUACUACAAGCGCCUGCUGGCCACCACAUACGGAUUGGAUACAGUACCAUUUUCCAGCGUCUAUGGAUUUGGUCAAGAGCAGAUUGGACGGAACAUUGUGGCCAUGUUCUGUGUUGGCGUAGCCUCUGCUUUGUUCACUUUGGCACUGGAAUAUCGGAUAUUCCAACGCUUGGGUGCGCGGCUUGGCCUGAGUCUCAUCGGUGUAGCCUACCUACGGGCUGGACAAAGUACAGUCACUGACAGUGAUGUACUGCUGGAGGCCGAACGUGUCAAAACCGGUCGGUACAGGAAACGCAGCGUUGUGCUGGACGGCUUGACCAAGGUCUACUGGAGGCCAUUGAAGUCGCACAGAGCUGUCAACGCCCUCAGUUUAGGCGUUCAGCGGGGAGAGUGUUUUGGCCUUCUCGGUAUCAAUGGCGCUGGCAAAACAACAACGUUCAAAAUGUUGACCGGGGAAAUUGAGGUUACCGGCGGUGACGCCUACUUGAACGGCGUCAGCAUUGUCCGCAACAGCUUGAGUGCCCACAAGCAAGUAGGCUACUGUCCACAGUUUGAUGCGCUGGACAAUCUGCUCACCUGCAGAGAGCACCUCAUGCUCUACGCUCGCUUGCGCGGUGUUCCUGAGGCAGAGUGUGAAUCGGUUGCCGGCUGGUGUAUCAGGAGACUGGAGUUGAAGAACUACGCCGAUUCUUUGGCAGGCAGCCUAAGUGCAGGCAACAAGCGCAAGCUGUCCGCAGCUGUGGCCAUCAUUGGCAAGCCAAAGUUGAUCUUCUUGGAUGAGCCAACGACCGGAAUGGACCCCCAAGCCAGACGAUUCCUGUGGUCGGUGAUAUCGGGACUGGUCCGUCUUGGACAUUGCGUCAUAUUGACUUCUCACAGUAUGGAAGAGUGUGAAGCAUUAUGUAACCGUCUUUCCAUCAUGGUCAACGGCGAGUUCCGUUGUAUAGGAAGUCCACAACAUCUCAAGGAUAAGUUUGGUACUGGUUACACUGUGACGUUGCGGCUACAGGGUCAAAACCCUGAUGUGUCGCAUGUCAAAGCCUUCUGCGAAGAAGAGUUUCCUGGUUGCACGAUGCAGGAUGAACACCACAAUAUGAUUCAAUAUCAGCUCAGCAAUCAACUGUCGCUUUCCAAGGUAUUCUGUUCGUUGCUGAGGCAGCGUGUUGCUCUGGGCAUUGAGGACUACUCCGUUACACAGACCACACUCGACCAGGUAUUUGUGUCAUUUGCUCGCAACCAGACAGCUGGACCGCAGAGUGACUUUGAUGAUCCCACGUAUUCUGCUCCUUCAGCCGACCAAGACGUAAUGGAAUCAAGCUUCAAUGAAAAUGAGGGACGUGAUGCAAAUUCACCUUUUCUCCAUGAUGAAUCCGGGCUGAGCGCAUCAUUUCUCAUGCCCUUAGAAGUCUAGUGUGUUGGACACGGGGAUCUACAAGCUCCGGGAUCUACAUGGUCAGGCUACUGCAUACUGCAAGGUCAGGCUACUGCAUACUGCAAGGUCAGGCUACUGCAUACUGCAAGGUCAGGCUACUGCAUACUGCAAGGUCAGGCUACCCGUGUAUCUACUAUUAUGCCACUGCUGUGCAAUCUUUUGGAGAUGUAUGUAAGUGAGUGUGUACCCCAACCGUACGAUUGUAUGCGCCGCUGCUACAUGGUAGUGCAUGCUCUACAAGCUGUCUGUGCGGACCGAUCCUCCCUGAUUCCUUGCAGUCAAAGCAGCAUUACUGCACGGCCACCGUACACACUCCCUCCCGUCUGUCAUUGUGAUAGCUGCCCCAACCCCCGUGCCCACUCAAUUGGUAUCCUCUUGCCAUGCUCUACUAUGGGCUAGUUUCUGUUUCGACAACUGCGUACUUCGGAGUACAUGAUCUGAUAUAGGUUCUUUAAGUUAAUGUUCCUGGUAUGUAUUCCAUGCCGCUGAUUCUGCUGCUUUUACUACUGCUACUGCUGCUGCUGGUCAGCCUUGAAAUGAUGUGACUCCCGACAACUUUCAGACUGAACACAGAAGAUUAGAAAAUUGAAUGAUUUCUCCUACAUGCAUGUUAUGUUUUCAGCAUUCGUGAAUAAUCUAUUUUGGUCACGGUCACAUUGAUUCUCAUCCACUCCUUCUUUCUCUUUUCUUACCCCAUCUUUCCGUAUCACUUUUCUGUAUGACUCGAUGUGUGUUCCUGAUUUCUCCAAGCAGGAUAGACAUUGUGUACCUUCAUGGUGUCUCAUUUCUUCAUCAAGUGCUUUCAAUUGCUUUUUUCGCUACUCGACACGUGCUAUUUAUGCCAUGCCUCUCCCUGAGAUCAUCUCCAUCGACUUUGCAACAACAGCAACGAAAAAACUGUAUAGUA